UGCGAAAACACUCUCGUAGGCGCAGUAUCUGUGGCGAUCGCGGAGGCGAGAAGGAGAGAAGCGAGACAUGACCGAGGCCAUAGCCGACACAAGGAGGUUGUUUACCAAGCCUCAAAAUUUAAAUGACGCCUAUGGGCCCCCGAGUAAUUUUUUAGAAAUCGACAUUAGUAACCCGCAGACGGUCGGCGUGGGCAGGGGGAGGUUUACCACCUAUGAGAUCAGGCUGAAGACCAACCUCCCCGUCUUCAAGCUGAAGGAGUCGCGGGUCAUCCGGCGGUACAGCGACUUUGAGUGGCUGAGGAGCGAGCUGGAGAGGGAGAGCAAAGUCGUAGUUCCCCCUCUCCCUGGGAAGGCCUUGCUCCGCCAGCUUCCUUUCCGUGGAGACGACGGGAUAUUCGAGGAUUCCUUCAUCGAAGAGCGGCGGCAAGGCCUGGAGCAGUUCAUAAACAAAGUGGCAGGACAUCCCUUGGCCCAAAACGAACGCUGUCUGCACAUGUUCUUGCAAGAUGAAACUGUGGACAAAAAUUACACACCCUCCAAAGUUAGACAAGCCUGAAUUCUGUGAAAGUUGUUUUGAUUAUGUCCUGAGUAUGUGUAUCCCAAAGUACAGAGUGACCUAUUUUAAGCUUCACACUUGAAACACAGAUCAGAGUUCUUUAUUUUUCUGUUUUAUGAAUACACAGUGCUUCUAUUUUAACUCUUAAUUAGAGUGAACUCUGAAACAGUCACAGUAUUGCUAACAACAUAUAAUCUUGAAAUGGCACAAGCUCGGUGUGCUACAGUAUGUUGUCUUUACCAGUAAAGCAUUUUUCUAUACAUGUUUGAAGAUACAAACUUUGAACAAAUCUCAAAUUACACUACCAUGCUUAAAUGACACACACACAAGCGUCUCACUCAUUCUCCCAUUUGGCUGUCCUCACAGCUGUUGUUCACUUAAAGGUGUGUAUUUGUGUGUGCAAUCUACCAGCACUUGAAGCCUGUAAAUGAAUUUCUAUUGAGGAAACACUGAGGCAAUAAGAGAAUUUCUAUGUCAUUUUUAGAGAAUUUGUACACUGUUGUGCCAUUUUGUUUUCUUUAAAGGUUUUUCAAAUAAAAAAAGUGGAACAAACUUGUAUGCAUGACAGAAGGCUGGCGGCGUUUUGUUUUCCCUCAGGCAGACUGAUGGCAGAUCAGUGUCUCUAAUGUGAAAAAGGCAUUUGCUUCUGACUGUAUAUACAGAGCGAAAUGUGUGGUGAAUGAUGACAUGUAUGUAAAUAUAUAUUCAUUUUAUCUUGUUUGUCAUAUGUUAUUAUAUUGAGUCUUGACAUGUAAUACUUCCAUGGUGUAAUAUGCUGUGUUUGAAAUGGCUUUUUGCAGUUAUCUGUCUUAAUAUAUUGGAUUAUGCAGACAUGGAGCAAGUAUUCAUUGCUAUGCAGAUGAUGCCCAACUGUCACG